AUGAACUAUUGCUUUCUGGCGUAUACGUCGAGCAAGAUUGAUAUUGACAACUCAGCUGUCGAUACAUCAACGCCCGGUGUAUACCCGGUGUCGUAUCGAAUUGUCGACUCGAGUGGGUGCGAAGUUACCGCGACUAGAUUUGUGAGAGUUAUUGCACUCGUCCCAACUUCAGAUGCCGCGGAUAUUCUCGUCGCGUGUAGAAGACGAGUCAACCGCGUAGAUCAGCUCUGCGACGUUGGAAAUGGAAACCCGAAUCCAGCAAGUUUCCCGGGGUGCUGUUUGGCCGUCUCAGAUAUGGAUAGCGCUUCGUGCUUCUGUGACGAUGAAGUUCUCGAUACGUUUGCAAAACGCGACGCGACGUUUGUCGAAAAGCUCGUGGACUUUGUUCCACUCGCUUGUGGAUUCAGAAUCAAGUAUGGCGACGAGAUUUGCGAAGAUCGCGACGCGCUUUCGGCGUUCUUGAAACUUCCAGCUGAAAGAGACGUGCGCGAUAGAUCAAACGCGUGGAAACGCGUCAUUGACGAAGAUUCUGGUCGAUUAAAAGAAGACUUGACGUGCGGUGAAACCGUACAAGCGACUCGUUACAUUUGCCGCAAAGUCACGUCAAGCGAGAGCAUUACGCCGGUGAUUGCAGAUAUCGCCCCGUGUUGCGACGCGGCGUUCGCUUUGAACCGCUCAAAUUGUCUUUGUGACGCUGUGGAAGACGAAAGAAAAGGAACGGAACUCUUCGAGGAUACAGCAGGAGCAAAAUCAUUCUUGCGCAAACUCGUUGGUUUUACGCCUUUGGGAUGUGGAUUCGACAUCUCCGAGCAAUGUCCGAAAAUCCGCGAGCGUAUUGGCGUCCCGGUCACCGAGAUGGUUCGAAACGUCACGCAAUUUAUCAAUGAAACUCGUUUGAUUCCAGUUGCCGUCGGUGUUCCGUUAUUGGUUAGUGAAGGCGACAUAACCGGCGUUGACGUAGUCGAAGAAGGUGUUUUGGAGCAACUCAGCGGAGGGUUAUCUGCUAUAGAUCAACGUGGGAAUCAAAUCCGCGAUGAAAUGUUCAGAGAGUUUUUCGAUAGAGCAAACUACCGAAACUGUUUAAAUUACACGGACGCCAUCGAGCAAACGUGUACAAGAGUCGUUGUUAGCGAUGAAACUACCGAAAACAACGGCGUCGACACGACGACCUACGAUGUCACGGCGUGCUGCGGUGUUUUGUAUUCGCUUUGGACUCGCAGGUGUCUUUGCCCACCCUUUGCGGAGCAGUUGCUUUCGACCUACCUCUACUUGUCUUUAUUCAAGAUUGCACCAGAAGCGUGCGGUUUUUCGAUGGAUGAGAUUCCAAACGACAAUAGAGACGUUUGCGUUAAUGAUUUAUCGGAAACGCUAGAAGGCUACGUCGAGAGCGAUAUCGAUGCUAGAUUUGAUUGGAGGAUUAUCGAAGACGCCGAAUCGUGGGUUUCUGAGAAAUACAGCACCACGAAGCCGAGCGAUUUUCAGAAUAUAUUUUUGGUUGAAGGUGGUUCAACCAUUGGUGGUUUUGGAGUGGGUUUCGACUUCGAGGCGUUCACGAAUGCCACCGCUUGGUGGAUACCAUCGUCGACGUUUCAAACAAACGUUUCGGUGGCGAUUCCUUCUGCAUCGACGUGUUACGCCGCCGUGAGAGCGGCUGAAGAUUCUUGCGUACCAAACCUUGCAGGUGCCUCAGAAAUAUUCUUUCAAGACCUCGACUGGCAAAUGUGUUGUAGGCGACUUCGCGUCGUCGAAAAUGCAAAGUGCUUCUGCGAUGGUUUUGUAUCUCUUCUUCUCACGGCAGAUUCUCCGAUUAACGCGAGUGCUGCCGACACAGAUAUCGUCUCGAAAAUUCACGCUGCAGUACUUUCUGAAGCCCCAUCGGCGUGUGGUUUUAUACCAACGUACGGCAGUACGUGCCCAGCGGCUGAAUUUACGGAAACAGUGGACGAGAAACUCGCCGUAGACUCACGAGAGCUUGUCGAUGUGGAGACAUUUUACGCUCAAAAGAAUGAGGUAGAUUACUCUCCGUUGGCGUACAUUUCGGCGCGAACUUUCUACAGCGAAGACCCGAACACGAUAAUUCGAGGACUCAUGCUCUCAAACGGCGGAAUGCUUAUUUCGGAACUUGAUAUAAUUGGUGGAGAAACUGGUCGCGAGGCAAGAUUAGUCAUCGUAUCUCCACCGAGGUUGAAAAAUCAAGGCGUUACAGUGCUUCGCGACGCCGCUGAUGGACAAGUUUCGCUCGAAUACACCACGUGGAAUACUUCAAGCACGUAUCGAAUUCUGGUUGAGCUGAGCGAUACUCCCGGAACUUUUUUUCUAGAUUCGACAUCACAGUUCGUGCGUAUAGGCGAUGGUACUGCUACUUUUGAAGCCGGUUUGUUCUCGGGCGCAACGAGCUCUACGAUUGGCGCGACUGAAUCCGCGCUCACGGUGACGUCCAGCGGCAAACUUUUCUUGAGAACGUUCGAAUCUCCGGAAGGUAUCGAAGUUGAAGGUGAAGAAGUAACUUUACCAGAUGGCACAGUUGCAAAAAUUGUUCGCGUGGAAUCUUUCGACGAAUCCAUGUUAUUCCCACUCGUUCGCACGUCUGCAAUCAUCGUUGCGAAUGAAACCCUCACGGCAGAAGAGACGACGACGACGACGACGACGACAUCCCCUAUCGAUAUUCGUCGCGGCGUGGUGAAGAGAUCUGGAGUCAUCGUUCCGAAAGAAGAGGACGGUGGCGUCUGUUCGGACGCGCGAAGUGUGAAAAAUUUUCUCGCGAUUGCGCUUGAAAGUCCUACGCUCUCGAAAAAAUACUCCGUCGUGGGUGCACUCACCGUCGCCGACGAUACCGAUAAAGAAACGAUCCUCGUGCCGGAGAUUAAAAUUCCGAUAUAUUACGUUCCAAGAGGCGGUGAAGUCGAAACAGAGGAGUUCACGAGCAGUUUCUACGACGAGUCAUCGUUCGUGGAUCCGUUAACGCCUGGCGUUGGAACGUGCUUAGGUAUUCAAAUCAUCGACGGUUUUGGUCGUAGGUAUUCCGACGAGGAUCUUUGCGCGCGAACGUCGAGCGAAACGACUUCGUUUGGAGUACAAUUUACAAUAUUGAACGUAGAAAUGUGCAGAGGGUGCGCGGUGACGGGUAGAGAAUCUGACGGUGCUUUAUUUGAAGUCUCGCACGGCGAUGGCGAAGACUCGAACGCUUUAGCCGUUUCUGAACCUUUUAUUCGACGUCCAUUUUGCGAACUCAACGAUUUUGAAGAAGUCGCGCCGGAACAACAACAACAACAACAACGACGGCGAAGAAACUUACUGCAAUUCUUUGGUGGCGUUCCGUUCUUCCAAUCGCCUCGGGUGAUUUCUCCAUCCAAUCAAAUGGCUGGAAAUAUGCCAGGAGGCGCGAACAACCAGUUUGCGGCUGGAAACUCUGGAGCGGGCGGUGAUGCCCUCCUUCCUUCCACGACGGUGAACGUGAGUCAAGGCCCUCCGACGACGACGCUCUGCUCGGAAGAGGCUUUAAAAGAUAUCGAAAGUAGUAUUUACUGGAAAGACGAUCGUGGAGCAAUCACCUCGUCGAUAAACGGAGGUAAUGGUUUCACCGAGCAAUACGAAUCGUACGCGUUCGCCGGUGAUAUACGAAAUCCAGAUAAGAACAGCGAAGUGAGCUUGAAGAACGCUCUGACGCUCGUUGCGCUCUCGCCGUGGCUUCGCGAAAAUCUUGGCGAUGGCACGUACGGCGCGUGGAGAAGAAUCAACGAUCCAUCUCGAAAACUCAAAUUUACGUGCUAUGGUUAUAAAAUAGUAUCGUACAACGAGCAAGGAGAUGAGAUUGUACAGAUUACCAACCCUCGAUGCGAGAAUGUCCAAUUUUACGCAUCGUUGAGCGCGCCCGUGAGCUUAUCUGGCGGUGGUGGUGGAUCAGAAAGCACAACACAAUUCUCUCAGCAACAGGAAGGUAGUAGCGGCGACAGCAUCCCUCCAGCAUAUGUUGUGUUAAUCGAAGUCGAUUUUGGCGUCAUUCUUUGUGAAGGAUGCUAUCUGAAACCUUUGUAUGUCGACGAUGAUAUUCUCUUCAGCAUCUUUCCAAACAACGAAGUCAUUUCGGAAGAUGUAGUAGAUAAUAACAUCGGUAGUUCUUACUACACAUUCGACUUUGUCGGACCGACUAUAGCCGAGCGACUGGAAUGUUCUUCUCCGAAAGGCGCGUUGGUUACUGCCGUCGAGUUGGUGGCACCAGAUGCCGCAGCAAUUACUCCUCUAGACGACGAUGACGGCGAGGAAGAAGAUGCGCCUGCGCCGAGCGUUAGAAAGCUUCCGAACCGAUACGCGUGUAACGCUCAAGCAAACACCAACUUCAAAGGCGUUUUACUCAACGAUGGCAACAAAAACAUUCUUUCUUCUGCGGCGGCGUGUUGCGAUGCGUGCGCCACGACGGAAAAUUGUGACAUAUGGGUAUACUGCGUCGGGGAUUGCGUAGAUUUCGCCUUUCACUCGUGCUGGUUGAAAAAGUCCAUGGAAGGUGGAUUUAAUUCUACGGCGUCGCCAUCUAAAAUUUCUGCGUGGGAUCGCGGCGACGGCGUGCCGUGGACCUCUGGAUAUCUCGUCACGAAACAAGACGAUGCUGGUACCGCAUCUGGGGAAGUAUCCUCAUCGGAAGAGGAAGUCACGGAUACCGCGAAAUAUUUUACCCUCGAGCCGGGGAAGCCGACGGAUAUACCAGCGUCGACAAUCACAGUAAAAGCAAUCGACGUACCGGUAACACCUCCUUCUCUGUUUGAUAACGUCAGCGAUGGUGUUGAAACGCUACCUCCUCCAACGACGUCUUUGCCGACAGACGAGGAACCUAUCAUCGCGUCUCCUCCGCCGACUGGAUUCGGUACGAUUCGUCCGACGGUUCCCGUGGACGUUCCGACUACUACUACUACCACAACUCCGACUCCAACUAUUCCCCCAACGACAGACGAAGUAAUGCCUCCUACUACCGCCACCACCCCUUCACCUCCUUCGUCCUCGAAGUGUUCAAACACCGACGUCGCCGCCUGUCCACGCGAAUCGUCCCAAACGCUCGAAGCGCUCGAUAUUCGAGCAAACUUUAGAGCGUCCACAAAAGGAACCUCCCCAUCAGACGAAGGACGUCAACUCACCGUCUCCGGUACCGCCGUAAACUUCGGCGCGCUCGGCACCGUCUGCCUCGCCGGCGUCACCUUCCGCGUCCCGUUCGAAUUCCUCGUCAUCCCGGAGACAAACGAACAAGCCGCCGCCUCCCCCGAGCCUCGUCGCGCACCUUCCUCUGAGUUCCUUUUCGACUGCGCCUUCCUCGGCGUCCGCUCGCGCACCGGGCCAAUCACAGAUACUACUCCGCGAGAGUGCACGGACGUCCUCAAACUCGCCUUCGUCGACGACGAAGAAGAAAACAACAACACCAACAACUCCUACAUCCAAUUCACUCUGCGCGACGUCGCGCUCUGCCCGGAUUGCUGGCUCGUCGGCGGUAAAGGCGGGGUCAUCUUCUCCGUUCGGCACCGAGAGAAUUUAAAACUUCUCCUCGCGAGAAGAGACGACGGGGAGUUCAUCAACACCGUCAACGCGGAAGAGGUUGCGUGCGAAGCCGCUUUUUAA